AGUAAGUGGAUUGUUGCCUUUCAACAGAAAGGGCCUGGUUCUUGACGCGGCCGAGGAGUUCGACGACGAGAACGUUCUGCAAGCACUGAUAGACUACCUUGUGGAGGUAGCAAGCCUCCCUGAUGCCGUCAACGAAAACACUGGAAGUAGGAGGAGGAGAGAUCUGGCAUGUAAAACCAGGACAGGUGAUCAAGUUUGCGGAAGGCAUAUUGUGGAGGGACCUGCCGAUGUUUUCCUGGAACCUGACUGAGAGGUUUCAAGGGCCCAAACUAUACCUCUUCGACACGAAUCCUAACCCAGCAACCCCUCUCGCCGCAAUGACAUACUGGAAAAACAUCAACACCUUCACCGCCCUUGUAUCCGUGCACCCCGGUGUUAAAAAAAAAACUACCCAAAAAGCUCCAGUUCUCGCAAACAUGGCACAGAUCGGCCGCAGCACUUUGGCUAGGGCGCUCGAGCAUUCGCCUGGCACAAGGCUGGGGAAGAAUAGCGAGCUGCAUGCGCCUGCGCCUGCGCAGUGGUUGCGGAUUGCGGGGGAUGCGCUUGAGAAACUGUGUGCGGAGGCGAAGGAGCGGAUGCCUGCUGGAGAUUUUUGGAGGGUGGGUGGAGGGAGUGAGAUUUUGUGUUGGUAAGAGGCUGGCGUUCUGGAGGACCAGAACCAAAGAGCUAGGGUUUUAAGAGUGUCUGAGUAGGGGCUGAGUCGAACAUAAGCACGCUUUACCGCAGGAUAUGGGGAGGAUUUUACGGUAGGUAUCCAGGGCAAGUUAGAGGCUAUGUGCAGGCCAAUGAAGUGUUGAAGGACCACGAAAGUGUUCUGCAGAGGCUCAUUGGCACUUUAUUUUGCUCUGAUGACCGCCAGACCUUGUGAUCGAUGCCGCGACUGGCAGUUACUGC